UUCCGGACUACCUUUCCCAGUGCCAGCUCUCCAGCACGGCACUUUGGACCUCGACUUCUCUCGCCAGACCCAACUCUCUUCAGCCUGCCAACCUCCUGGCCCCCUAGUUUCAGUCUUCCUAGUCAUCUGACCCAGCUCCACCCUCAGCACCAACGGAUCUUGCAGCUGCAGCAACACAGUCGAACACCAAGUCCCCCAGCCAAGAAGCCUUGGUCUCAGCAGCCAGACCCCUAUGUUAACCUCAUGACCCGAAAAGAGAAAGACUGGGUGAUAAAAGUACAGAUGGUUCAGCUGCAGAGUGAGAACCCCCACCUGGAUGACUACUACUAUCAGGAAUAUUAUCAGAAACUAGAGAAGAAGCAGACAGAUGAAGAGCUACUUGGGCGAAGGAGCAAGGUUGAAUCUCUCAAGCUGGUAACGCCUUACAUUCAGAAGGCAGAGGCUUACGAGUCAGUGGUUCGAAUCGAGGGUUCCCUGGGCCAGGUAGCUGUAUCAACGUGUUUUAGCCCUCGCCGAGCUAUUGAUGCUGUGCCCCAUGGAUCCCAAGAGCAGGAGCUAGGAGCUGCAAGCAGUCAGAGGCUUCAGGUAUUGUCCCGGAUUGAGAAGAUGUUUCUUCAGUUACUAGAGAUAGAGGAGGCUCAGAAGGAUGGGCCACCACAGCCCUGCUACUCUGAACAGCAGAGCAACCAGGUUGAGAAGCUUUUCCAGGCCUUAAAGACCCAGGAGCAGAAUAAUCUGGAGGAGGCAGCAGAUGGUUUCCUGCAGGUGCUCUCCGUGAGGAAGGGGAAAGCUCUAGUGGCAAGGCUGCUCCCUUUCCUGCCCCAGGAUCGAGCUGUUAGCCUUCUUCUGGCUAUCACCCACCAUUUGCCCCUCCUAGUCAGGAGGGAUGUAGCUGAUCAGGCUCUACAAAUGUUGUUCAAGCCUCUGGGCAAAUGUAUCCAUCACUUGACCUUCCAUGAACUCCUCCAAGGACUUCAGGGACUCAUGCUGUUUCCACCUGGCUCCUCAGAGCGGCCCGUCACUCUGGUGCUUCAGAACCAGUUUGGAAUAUCUUUGCUCUAUGCCCUACUGAGUCAUGGGGAGCAGCUGGUAUCUCUGGAGUCUUCCCUUGAGGAGCCCAGUAGUGAUCAUACAGCAUGGACCAACAUGGUGGUUCUGAUUGCCUGGGAGAUAGCCCAAAUGCCAACAGCCUCUCUGGCAGAACCCCUAGCCUUCCCCAGCAACCUUCUUCCUCUGUUCUGUCACCAUGUGGACAAACCAUUGGUACAGCACCUAGAGGCUAGGAUGGAGUAAGCGAUGGCAGAAAAGAGGUCAUAGCCCCUUGUUCAAGCCCUAUCUAGGUUCUGUCAUUUAGUUCUUUUAACCCAAGAGUAUGGAGGAUAACUUGUAUUUAGAAGUAGUUCUAGACACACUAGCAUUUACCCAGUAACCAGUCUGCCCGGGUUAGGAUCCUGAAGCCUAUUUCUUCAGCCAAACCUUUUAAUUUAUUCCCAGAUGCUUUGCUCAUUUAUCAUGCCAAGCUACUUCAGGGCAAGCAUUCAUAAGAAGCUGAAUUGUUAAUUGUUAAUUCAAGAAAUAUUUGAGGGACAACUAAUCUAAGACAAAAGCAUGAGCAACAGGAAGGUCACUUCUGUCCUCAGAAUUUACCAGCUGCUGGAAAGGGUCAGAUAGUAAUCAAGUCACACAAAUACUUUAGAAAAUAGACUUGUUUGCAGUUAAAAAUCUGUUCUUUGUAGGCUUGCUUGGGUCUACUGAUCCAGUUCUGAAAUAUGUAUAUGUGGGAAAAGUUUAAUCAUCAGACACUAGCUGUAUGGGCUAGGUCUACAGGGAUCUAGAGAGUCUGAGGACACUUCUUAUGCCUUGAUAUAUUGGAAGAUUUCACCCAAAACAUUUUCUUAUGUUCUCCUUAAAACCUGAAGAUAUGCCUAAAAGAGCAUGACAUAAUAAGGUAUAAUUAAAGAGAUAAUAAAAUGAUGUGUUGAAACUUGUCAUA